AUGGGGCUGUAGCUACCUGACUAUGAGAAUGGGGAUAUAAUGUCGCAUGGUUUGGAGGUACUGUCCAUGACUCUUACAGGUUUGGAGGUACUGUCCAUGAAUCUUACAGGUUUGGAGGUACUGUCCAUGAAUCUUACAGGUUUGGAGGUACUGUCCAUGACUCUUACAGGUUUGGAGGUACUGUCCAUGAAUCUUACAGGUUUGGAGGUACUGUCCAUGAAUCUUACAGGUUUGGAGGUACUGUCCAUGAAUCUUACAGGUUUGGAGGUACUGUCCAUGAAUCUUACAGGUUUGGAGGUACUGUCCAUGAAUCUUACAGGUUUGGAGGUACUGUCCAUGAAUCUUACAGGUUUGGAGGUACUGUCCAUGAAUCUUACAGGUUUGGAGGUACUGUCCAUGAAUCUUACAGGUUUGGAGGUACAGCUCACGAACACUACAGAUCGAAAGAACUUUACAGAUUUGGAUAUACAAGAGAAGUGCAAUUGACGUGGUUUGGGAUUAUGACCAAAAAAAAAAUCCCUCAAGGUUAAUUAUUUUUGUGCAACGCUGAGAGAAAAAUGGAUGUUAUACUAAAGAGACAAUAUGUUCACAAAGAUUAUUUUAUGUCGACCAGUGUUGACGUCGGUGAUUCAUGUUUUGUGUUGUGAGUUUCUCCGACUGGUAUAAUGCCCGUUUAGUAAAGUCUUAUAAGAUGUAGAAUAAUAAUAUCUAUAUUGUUUGAGUGUAGUUGUAUCUGAGAACAAUGUCAUCAGUGUGAUCUAUAGGGAACUUGUAGACGAUAAUGACCAGAAUACAGUAGUGGUACUUCUUAUUUUCUUUCUAUGUCUGCGGAGAGUAGCCCUAUAUAUUUCAGUAUAUUUAAGCAUGUUUUUUCACACGUACAUAUACCCAAGCUUGGCCACUUUCUUUUCUAUAUUGAUUUUGUUCAUUUUAGUUCUAAAAAAUUAUUAUCAGAAACUCUUGUUAAUGUAAUGGAAAUGUGUUCAAUCCUUAGUCAAAUUUUUUUGUACUACGUGCUCGUCAGAACACUCGGCCUUGCAUUCAUUUCUUUGCUUAUAUUUGCUGGAACUAAACAUCACUAGAUCAGUUUACUAACAUCACUAUUUAAACCCCAAACAUCCUUAUCAUACACAAAAACACAAUUUUACCCCAUGGAAUAUAAUUUAACAUUGUAAUUUAGCACAAAUUCAAUUGCCGUGUACUUACUUGAUGACACACACACACACACACACACACACAGGUGGUAAACACAAACCUCAUCGUUGUCUCCGUGUAGUGUAGCAGUGAUGAUGGACCCACAAAUUUGUCUUCCACACUACCACCCCUAAUUUCCUUACUUGAUUUACUUUGAACAGAUUAAUACUCUUGUGAUAAUGAAGAAUAAGUUUAGCACAUUCUAUGGUUUACAGUACACACACAUGUAUGAACAAUUACACCUAAGUUACACUCUUGUCAGCCAUUACAUUGUUUAUAACACACCUACACAAACUGAUGUAUAUAAUUCGUCCAUUUAUGCAUCACCAAAAGUACACCUAGACAUGUGAUAACAUCUAAAUCACUUACACUUAUAGUUCAUUAACUUGAUACACUUACUACUGCGUUUAUGUUAGACUCUCGCCAGCACUGUUACACCUCGACCAACAACUGUGUCAGGGUCUUCGGUCACACAGUAAUAGUUAUCUUACGCCACCGUCUAGUUUCUUCCAACACAUUGAUAAAUAUUCACAACAUUUGUAAUUUAACAUCAUAUAGUUAUGUGUAUUUGAAGUGAUGAGGAUAAAAGGAUUUUUUAGAAAUGUGAUCUUCUUAAGUAGUCGUUGUCUAAUUACUUUCAAUAUUGUAUAAGUGUACUUUUGAGGGAUGUCAGUGUUUUUUGUAACUAAUAUGCUCUCAAAGCUUUUGCGUAUUACUAGUAAGUAUUGCUUUUUAGGGGUGUGUACUGCACACACACACACACACACACACACACACACACACACAUACUCUUCAGUAACCACAAUCAAUACCGUUCUUGUAAUCAACAUACCUACGCAGCUCUUUAUCAUGUUCUUGUGUUCAGUACAAUAACACAUUUACAGGAUCAUUUAUUAUACUCUUACUGUGUUCAGCAUACAUUUCCUAGGACUCAUCUACCUACCGUGUUGUUCAUUCAUCAGUAAAUACAUCUUCCCCUAUGAACGUUCAGCUGUUCACACCAGAGUGUCUAGGUCAGCCUGAUGUGUAUAUUACUUAACAGUGUCUCGUGUAUAUCUCCUCUUAUUUCUCUAAUAACUUCUCAGUUCCACAGUUUCUAUACAGCAGUUCUAUGUUAUUCGGGGAUUUUCCUGUAGUUGCAUAAUGAAAGGUAGUGAAGCAAAGAAUCUGUAGAGGCACUUCUGUUGGACGUGCGCCCUCACGACGCACUCACAGGCGGCUGAUGCACGGUUAGGUGAUGUGUCUUGAGUGUAAACAAAUGCACCAACUUGAAUUAUGUUUGCUUUCUUGUCAUCUCACGAAAAAUUUUUAACACCAACAGGUAAAGACACCAGAGGCUAAACUAGUUAUGUUAAGCCACGCCCAAACGUCCAUUGUAAUCAAGGUGUGUCCAGGUACCUGAACGACAACACCACCAGAAGUCUGCAAACGAAAGUGGAUGAAACAUAUCACUAAAGGUUCACACUCAUGAGUAUCGUAACACUUGUGACAUCUACCAAGACUCUGCUCACAAGAACGGAUAUUGUAACCUUUUGGCGGUUUUCACAUCUACCGAGGCUGUCUAGCUUCUGAGUAUCGAUCCUAGUUUUCAACUCUAGAACAUAGCACCGAGGCAGCAGUUUGUGUGUACGGCUGUUAAAGUGUCUCCCGCCGAGUGUGUCGUGAGUGUAUACAGCCAACCAAGUGCAGCGCCACAAGUGUGAAACUAAAAAGUUGUCGCUGGUAGUGUGUCUGUCUGUUGAUCUUACAAGUGUCAAAUAGGCCCUUCCCCUUUUUCUGUUUCUUUUUUAGAAGUUUCAUCUCCAGCUAGAAGAAUCAAAACUUAGCAAGUGCUUUCAGUUACAAUCAAAGUUGCAACAUCAACACGAGCGUGACUGUCCAGGUCUGACAGUUUGAUGCUACAGCAACAGUCAACACAAGAAAGUACAAUGGUUUCAUGAUCAAAUUGACUGUAAUGACUGUAAUAGGGUUAGUGUUAAAAGCCCUCAGUGUGAGUUUUUCAUAAGCGAGGCACUGUGACGCUGUUCUAUUGGUCAUCUUGUGGAGGAGGGCCAACCUGUAAUGGACGUGCUGAACCGGAAGUAGAGGUGCCCGCCCGGAGGUCAAGAGGUACAAUAGGAAGCUGAUUUGCCCAACCUAAGGUAGAAGUGUCAAGCAAAGAAGUGGUGAAUCGGAAGUAUUGUUACGCAACCAGAAAUGACUGUGUUACCUCAGAGUAGUGGAUGGUGGUACGUCAGAAAAGUGGGUGGCACCUACUCUUAACGGGCGGCACCUCACACAAGUGGGCGGCACAUUUUAAAAUUGGGGUCGGCCCUCACCCUCCUCUCUCACAUAGGCCUAACCUCAUCUUAACAUUCCAUCAAUUUACUAAUAAACUUACAAAGAUUCA